CCUCCUCCUCCUCCUCCUCCUCCACCUCCUCUCCGCAAACCCCCUCCGACCAGGGGAGAGACCAACUUUUUAUCCAUCAGCCCCAGCUAGGACUGCACCUGUCUCCAAGGGUCACCAUCAUUCACCGCCAUCCUCCGAAGGAAAUUCUGGAACGAGACUAUGAUCUACAAAUAAAAAUGCGCAUCUUUUUUUCCUCUCCUCUCCCUCCCCCCCCCCAUCCUCCCGCCACCCCCACUUUGCUCCGAGAGAAGCAGAGGGAGACGGAUUUCAGCAGCCUCUGGCUCACCCCAAGUGGACAGGACACUGGGCAAAAAUCAGGAGGACUUUGAGAGCUGAGAAAGCUUGACACCUGCUUGCUGAGAAAUGAGAGAAGAAUUGUUCCAUGUCUGUUUCCUAAACUCAACUGGCAGGAAACUCCUUGUGGAAUAAUUAAAAAGCUGAAGGCGACACACUGGGAUUUAAGCCCGCAGAUGAAAUAAAAUGCAUCCUCUACCGGAAACACGCAUCACCAUUCCUUGUGAGUUCAAGGAGGAGAAAACCAGAGGGAACAAGGCACCUGAAAGGAGCAGAGAAAACUUUUCAAUGAGUUUUGCAGUACAAGCCGUCUCAGACAUCGCUGCCUUUAACACGAAGAGGAUUCUGUGCGCUUUUGCGGCUCCUUAAUGAUCCGUUUUACUUCUAACACUGUACCUUUGCUGCAUAUUUAACUGAGAAUUUGAUGAGGCGCCGGAAGAAUGGUAGUUCAGUGAGACUUAAAAGAACAGUCUGUACUUUCUUUUUUUUUUUUUUUUUUGGCCCCUGCAAUUUCAAUUUACUUCAUGUUCACAGGGAUCUUGUACCACUCACACAUUUCUCAUCUUCCACGUUUUAAGAUUGGGAGCGUACAAGGGACGGGAACCUGAUCCCGAGCAGUUCCUUUAAGUUGGUGGACUGGGUAUGUUUCAAGGAGCAGCAGCAGGACUACUGAUCCUCGGAAGCCUCACUGCCUCACUGUUGUAAAUUCGGACAACCUGGAGAGCUUUUUUUUUUUUUUUAAACCUUUGAGUCGCUCUACAAACUCAGGAUCUGAAAGUGGUCCCUUUACCGAUUUAAAGAGCAACCAGCGGCCUCAGAGAAGGAAUCUGCUUCAACAUAUUUACAACCUGCUCACUCUUCUGUAAGACCUCAAGAUUCCAAUGUCUGUGAGCCUGCAAAUAAGAUGAGCUGGAAAAAGGUGGAUCAGGCACUUGCUCCCUUUUUUUAUUUGCCCGUGCCCCAAAUGGGAUAUAAUUCCUGCGCAUCCGGGAAAGACCGAUCUUCACCUGAUUAUCCAGCUGGGGAACAUUUGAGGGGGCAGGUGAAUGCGGAGAAACUUCUGGCAGGGCCACUUGGAUUUUUCAAGGCUCCGGGUUGCGCAACGAAGCAGAAGAUCUUUGAAGCUGCAGGAGGAGGUCAGAGCAACCCGUCCGCAAGGUGCCGGUCUCUUAACCAAAUCUCACUGUGCCCUCGGAGAGGAAUUUUGCAUGGAAAACUCAGUCCGUGAGCCACCACACGCCCACGAAAGUGAGAGUUUGGAAGGUUUGGAAGCCUCCAGCUGCCUCUGAAGGAGAAGAAAAGUAUAACUCUCUGCACCUGAACCCUCGGGAGUCUCUUUUGCUCCAGGACUGAAAAAUCAGCUCCAUUUGGAAUCUGGAAGCCACCGUCACCUAUGUGAAAUCAUAGGGGGAUUGACCUAUAAGGAACUGAGGAAAAUUCUGGGAAAUGAAACAUUUGUCUUCAGUUGAACGCCACAGACAAUGCAAGAGGCCAGAGACCUGCCUAAAAACAACAACCUGGAAGCUUCAGACUCCCUGGAAUGGACUCAGGAGAUUACAAUGAAGUCCAAGUUUGUCUUAGAGAACCUUCAGGAGUACACCAUCCAACCAGACUUGGCCCAGUACUACAAGCCAUUCGAGCCCUCAAAGCUCCAGCAGUUCACCACCCACUUCCGGCAAGACAAAGGCCUCCUGUUCCGGGUUUUGGAGUUUGACCAGGAAAUGACCACUCUGAUCUUGACCAACAAUCCACUUCCCACCCUGAUCAACUGGCAAGGAGAGGGCACCCUCUCACGCUACUUCUCCCAGGACCUGCUGAAUGAGCAGAAGCCACAGAAGUCCGUGGAGCGCAUCAGGUUUCCCCCACUGGUGCCGCAGCAGAAGACGGAAAGGGCCAGGCGAAACAAGACUUUUACCGUGACCCUGGGAGAAGACCCUAAACCCAAGCAAAAGCAGUGGUUCAGAUUUUCCACCGACAGUGAUUUCAAGUGUGAAGGGCGUUUUUCAAAGGGCUACGUGAAGAAGAAGCAAAAGAAAAUGUAUCCCCAACUCCGCUUUGCUCCCGUUCCUAAAACAGCAGAUGAAAUGCCAAGGCUGGCCCCUGGGGAGUCGGGGGCCAUGAAGAGCAGGAGGGAUUCUGCAGUGCCUAAGGAGCCCUUGACCCUGGCCACCCUCCUGGAAGAAAACCCCACCAAGGUUGUGCCUGGGGAACACAGCUUCCGUUAUGGGAGAGCUCCGCAGUGGCUGGUCAACAACGCGGUGGUCCAGAGAUGAAAAUAUAACUUGGAUUUAGGGAUUUGGA